UUUUCUUUCCCUCUUCGUUCCCUCUCUCUCUCUCUCUCUCUCUCUCUCUCUCUCUCUGUCUCUGUGUGCGAUCGAUGGACUACGAUUUCAGGAACCGAGCGAGCUCACCUUACGAUUCGCAGAUCCCGAUGUACAGACAGUCGGCGGUAUCAUCAGCGCCUUCUAGCCACCCGAUGGACGGGCAAUCUAUCUAUCCGAGAGUUGGUCAACCGGGACAUAACGUGUUCCCUCCCGUUGGUCGCCAUCCUUCGCACUACCAAACAUCUCCUCUUUCGUCUUCUUCGUCAGGAUUGGGGAUUAGAGUUGCUUUGAAGCCAGAGUAUCGUAUUUUGCUUCCGCCCCAAUUAUCACUACAAGUUGGAGAUAUACCCAGGAGCAAUUUCCGGUUUGACUUUGAACUAGAGAGGAAAGUUUUGGUGGAAGCAGGGAAGGAAAGCCAGAAUUGGAGCAAGUUUGGGCUGGAAAAUCUUCCCUCUAGAACUCCAGAGAGGGCAUCGUCGGUGGGUUCGCCUGCGGAUCCUGUGGUGAGCAAGUACAUUGCAUCCGGACUCAAUCGAGAGGCAGUUCCUAUUGCAUUUGCUAAUUAUGGAGACAAUCCAACUAAGGUUCAAGAAUUCGUCAAAGGCUACACUCUUCUACGAGAAAUGGGGUUCGCGUCGAACAAUGUUGCUGAAGCUUUACUCAUGUAUGACAAUGAUACAGACAAGGCAUUGGCUCAUUUCCUCGAUAGUUCGUGAGCGUACUGAUGUAGCUAAUACCGGAUAUCAAGAGAGGUAUACUACCAUUAUUGGCUUAAUUCUCGUUGUAAUUAAAUAGCCGGCAUGUUAGAUUAAUUAAUUUUUAAAAAAAAUGUGUCAUCUAAUUGUGCUCUGAAAAUUACACCAUGCUGUAUAUAAUAAUUAAAACAGUAAAAAUUGACCAUAUUAGUUUUUGCACAUCUGGAUGAGAUUUGGAGGUAUACCAAGAAUCUUUGCUCCGUCA